GACGGCAACUGCUCCGACGUCCACCCGAGGCCCCCGAGAGGCGCCUCAGACUGCCCCGGACGGCCCCGACCCCUGAAUCUCUGAGCACUCCACUUGCCCCCCCCCCCCCCUAACCACAUUCACCCUGGGACUGACAGACCCAGAAGGACAGAGGGGCCCCCCUGCCAACAAACAGGCGGACUGCCAGAGUGCCCCUCCAAGGCCCACAGCUCCCGCUUCAGCCCUAGCCCCGGACCGCAGAAGCCCGCAGAAGCCCGCAGAAGCCCCGCGCAGCCCCAGCCUGCCAUGGGCUGGCUCCUACCCGUCACCCUCGGUUGCAUCAGCCUUCUGAGUCUCCUGCUCCCGGGCACGUUGUCCCGGCGCUUGGGACCUCACCCGCUGCUGGCCCGGCCCAGGGAGCCCCCAGACCAGCUAUUCCCCCAAGACCUCGAAUCCCAGGCUGUGAUGAAUGUGGGGCCGGUGACUCUUGUGGGCCAGCCAGGGCCCCAUGUGGAGCCCCUUGUGGGGCACCGCCCUCGACACCCACACCAUCAUCGCCAUCACCGUGGACGGCUGCAGGGCCGCAGGGGCAGGGAUAGGAGCAGGGGUAGUGGCCGGGGUCGCAGGCAUGCCCGGCGCCACCACGCCCAGCUCAUGAGAAUGGGCUGUGUACUAAGCACCUGCCAGGUGCAAAAUCUCAGCCAUCGCCUAAGGCAGCUCAUGGGACAGUCAGGGAGGCAGGACUCAGCCCCCAUGAACCCCAAGAGUCCCCACAGUUAUGGCUGAGCAGCCAACCCUGCCCCUACAGCCCCACCAAGACCCCAGAGCUCACCACAGGGACCCCCAUGUCUGGGACUUACUUUCUAACUGUGUGACCCUGGACAAGUCACUUUCCUCUCUGAGGCUAAGCUUCCUCAUGCAUCAAAAUGGGGAUGGUCAUUAAUACUGACACAGUUCACCUCACUGGGGUGUUGGGAGGCAGUGCUUUGGAAACCUUAAAACCCAAGAGAAAUGGGAUUUUUUUGUUAUCAUUAUUUGUUAGUAGCAUUGUGUGGAUCCUGCCCAGAUAGGAGCCCACACCCAUACCCUAACCUGUACCAGACCAAGGUCUCCUCUCACACAUCACCCUCUGACUGGGGGCCUUAAAAGUCUCAGUUCAGCCCUCAUUUUGCAGAUGGGGAGACUGAGGCCCAGUCCUGUUGGGGAGACGCUCAUGGCCCUCUAAUGGCACUUGGGGAGGGAGAUGGUCAGGAGCCCCUAACCUGGAGGAAGAUGUCAGGGUCCCCUUACUCUAGGGACACACCCCUUAGCCCCCAAGGAGACUCCCAGGCUCCCCUGCCCCUGAAAACAUGAUAACUCCUUCGUGACUCAAGGAAUUACCUGAGGGGAGAUACUGAGGCAUUGUCAUCUUCCCUAACCUUGGGGAGAUGUCCAGAACCCUGCUAAUCUGGGAGAUAAAUGCCAAGGGCCUAUCUAAACUUGGAAGAAAUAUCCAGGCCUCCCUGAUUCUCUGGAAGAUGCCCAGGCCCCCUCAAACACCCAAAGCCCUUUAACCCUGAGGGAGAUACUCAGGAUCCCCCUAAACCCCCCACCUGGGGGAUGCCUAGGACCCCCUUGAUUCCAGGAAGAUGCCCAGGGUCCCCCUUAUGUCCCUGGGGGUAAGGAGGAGAUGCCUAGGGAGCUCUCAUCACUAAGGGUCUUGCCCCAAGACUUCUGGAACCCACUGGGUCUCUCAGUCCCUUGAUCAACAUUUCCAGACACUUUCGUGUUCCUCCUGCCUAGCUGGGGGCGUGGGUGGGAAAUGGGACUCCUGGGGUCAGCUGGGGAAGCAUAAAUUAUUCCUUGUAGAUGUAUACCUGUUCAACUAAAGCUAGCUUUGUGCAUUCA